AUUAUUGAUAAUAAUAACAAAUUAACAAGAAAAAGAAAACAAAUUUCAUUGAAAAAACAAUCAGAAAAUAAUAAUGAUAAUAGUGAUGGAAAAUCUUCCGAUAAAUUAAUCAACAUUCGUACAGCAACAUUACAACAACAAAUUACAAACAAUACAUUUAAUGUUGAUUCAUUUUUACCACAAGGUUAUGAUAAAUUAAUGCCACCAAAACAUAAUGGACAACCAACAAAAGUUCGUUUUCAUGUUUGGGUACUUGGCCUGGAUUCUAUUGAUGAAGGUUCAAUGACUUAUGUAGCCGAUAUAUUUAUGUCACAAUCAUGGAAAGAUAAUCGUUUAAUAAUACCGGAUGAUAUUGUUUUCAAUGUUAAUGCAAGUAAUGAUCCACGUGGUCCAUAUCGUUUAUUACCAUUAACAUUUAUUGAUAAAAUUUGGAGACCAGAUUCAUUUUUUAAGAAUGCAAAAGAAGUGACCUUUCAAGAAAUGACCAUUCCUAAUCAUUAUAUUUGGCUUUAUUCGGAUAACACUAUCUUAUAUAUGGUCAAAUUAACAUUAUUAUUAUCAUGUGCAAUGAAAUUUCAAACCUAUCCACAUGAUACACAAAAUUGUACAAUGAAAAUUGAAUCCUUAUCAUAUACAACAAAUGAUCUUGUUUUUGAUUGGGAAGAAUCCGAUCCAUUAGUUGUUGAAGAACAUAUUGAAUUACCACAACAUGAUCUUAUCAGAAAAGAUAUUGAUUAUUGUACAACUGAUUAUUCAUCUGGAACUUUUGCCUGUGUUCAGGUUGUAUUCACCAUAAAACGUCGAAUUGGUUAUUAUAUAUUUCAUACAUAUAUACCAACAUGUUUAAUUGUAAUAAUGUCAUGGAUAUCAUUUUGGAUAAAACCGGAAGCAGUACCAGCUCGUGUAACAUUAUGUGUAACAUCAUUAUUAACAUUAUCAACACAACAUGCACAAUCACAAAAAUCAUUACCACCAGUAUCAUAUAUAAAAGCAAUUGAUAUAUUUAUGUCAUCAUGUACUGUAUUUGUAUUUGCAUCAUUAAUGGAAUAUGCAUUGGUCAAUAUUUUAAUGGCUGAUGAAUUAUUAAAUGGUUGGAUUGGUAUUGCACCAACUGCUUAUCAACAACAACAACAACCCCAACAACCCCAACCACAACCAUCAACUACCACCAAAACUAAUCAUAUGAUUGAUUCAAAACAAACUAAAAUACAACCAAAAAUGCAUGAUGCUAGUACAAUGAUGUUUCAUAAUAAUAAUAAUGAUCAUAAUCAUCAAAAUAAAGUGCCCAAUCAUAUUUCAACUGCUACUACUACUACAUUUAAUCAACAUUAUCAUCAUCAUCAUCAUCCAGUUCGUUGUCGUAGUUUAACUAGAUUAGAUAAUCUAGAAUUUAAUCAAACUAUUUCUGAUUCAAAUUAUAAUCAUAAUCAGGUAAAUAAUAAAUCUUCCAUUAGACAACCAUCUUCAUCAACGAUUCUUCGUCAUCGUUGUUGUACAAUAUUUAAUAAUGAAAAUAAAAUCAAUGAAUCGAUGAAAUGUACGAUGAAUGAAGAUGAUGAUGAUGAAGAAGAAGAAGAUGUAUUUCUUGAUUCAGAUAAUCCGAUGAAAAAUUGUCGUCAAAGACGGCAACAACAACAACAAACAAAUGAUCGAAAACAAUCAUUUAUAUAUGCAUUUCCAACACCAUCAAUUUAUGAUGAUCAAAAUUUUUGUUAUCGUAGUUGGCGUUUGCCACCAUUUCAACAAACAACAACAACAGGUGUAAAUAGGAAUUAUGAAGAUGGUGAUGGUUAUGAUAAUUUCAAUAACAACAAUAACAACAACAACAACAAUAAUUAUAAUAAUAAACAAUAUCUUUUACAAACAAAACAUAAACGUGCAUAUACUGUUGAUUAUAUAUCACGUUAUAUAUUUCCAAUAUCAUUUAUUGUUUUAAAUAUUAUUUAUUGGACAUAUUAUCUUGAAGUUUUAGUAACACUUAGUUGAAUUUUUUCUGUUUUCGUUUUUGUUAUUUUGUUUUUGUUUUUUUUUUGAAAAUUGUUGGAACUCAAAAUUCUAUAAAACAGCCUUGAUACAUUACACACACAAAGAUUGUGCAUUAGAUAUACCUUGAUGAACAUCUUGUUGACCUUUGACCUUGA